AAAAUAUAACAAUUAAAUAAUAAUAACAAAAGAUUAAAAAAAAUUGCUUUGCAUAGAAAAUGCUGAACAUGUAAUAAGAACAAAAUAAUAAGUACAUGAAACAGGAUGUUGGAGAUCUGAAGAAACAAAUAAACUAGUGGAUGAAAAAAUGAAGCACAUUCUUCUUCUUCUUCUUCAUAAAAUAAUCCCAAAGGUCUUUGACUCUGCUCCAAAUUCUCCACCCAAACUGCUCCCUCUCAUCUGCUUCAAGGUUUGAUGUGCUUUGUUUUUUCUCCAUCACUUAUAUAACACGUCUAUUUUUCUGAGUUUAUAUAUUGCAUGUCUGUCAUUUCUAACUGCUCUCUGCCCUCUGGCAUAAACAAGGCGUCGCUGCUGCUCACUGGAUAUUUCCUUGUGUUUUUUGGAUCCGUUCUCUUAAAACCCUAGUAGGACAGUAGUCGUUUCUGAAAGCAUGGCACAUUCAAAGUCACUUAAAUCACCAUUCUGAUUCUCAGUUUAAACUCACGGCCAUGUUUAUGUGUCUUAGGCAGUGUAACAGGUGAGGUGUACCUAAUAAAGUGGCGAGGUUCCAUAUUUAACUUGAAUAACUUCUCAUUUUGAACCUGCCUGCUGACUGGUGCACACAUUCAAUCCGACCACAGGUUGCCACAGUAGUGGAAUUCCAUCUGCUUUUCAUCUGUACGCUCUCUUUUCACUUUGGGAAUGUUUUUGCACUUUUUCCUCACAGUUACUCAAAAUGAUUAUUGGUAGUGGAAAAUGCUGAAGAAGAAGAAGGAGAAAAGACUGGAUGAAUUUUGAGCGUCACAUUUUUUAAUCGUAUAGUUGUGUAAUUGUCAGGAAUCUCAUUACUGUGGCCAUGACAACAUGUUUCUUAAUCAAAGAUUAUAGUUUGUACUGUAUAUACUUCAAUAAUGCAAUUUAUUAUGCAAACUGAGCUAAUAAUAACUCUAUAUUGUGCUUCUGUAGCCCCACUGCUUAUUUUCAUUCUAAACCAAGUUCCACCAGUGUCCAGCAGGUGGCAACAUCCACAAACUGACGGCGUUGCAGCGGCGAAAAGGUUCCGGGUUGAAUCUACAGUUGUGUAAACAACAACAACACGAGUGUAAAGCUCGUGUAGAGGGCUCUUUCGCUCUCUUUUGUGUCCUCUGUUGUCGUUUAUUCCGUGUUUAAAUUCUGUCACGCUGCUGCUCGGUCAUGUUGUUGCUCCGGACGGCGGCUCUCAGUGGCAGAGCUGUGGCCGCCCGGCGCUGCCUGCCCACCGGCUUCACCUCCUUUAGAAGCACCGCAGCGUACAUCCAGGGCCAGAGCCCCGAGCCACGCAUCCGGGAGUACUUCUACUAUAUGGACCACCAGGGACAGCUUUUUCUCGAUGACACAAAGAUGAAGAACUUUGUCACCUGCUUUAAAGACAAACAGUUCCUGGUCUUCUUCUUCAGUCGGCUGCGUUCAAACCAGAGCGGGCGCUACGAGGACGACUUCCCCUUCCUGUCCCUUUGUGGGAGGGAGAGGAACUUCCUGCGCUGCGAUGACCGACCUGUGGUCUUCACCCACCUGCUGCAGGGAGACCGGGAGCUGCUGUCUUACUGUGGCGGAGCAGAGAAGCUGGCCGUGCCGUUCCGUCCUGAGGCUCUGUACAUGCAUCCCAGCAGUGGCCGGGUGUAUCAUCCCUGCUCGGAGCGAUCGGGAGGUGUCGGCCUGGUCCGCUCGGCUCUGGCAUACGAGCUCAGCACCUUCUUUGUCUACGCUCAGGGGGAGAGACAAUCGGGACUGCCUACACAUUUCAUAUGGGGAGGGCAGAAGCACACGCUGACCAAUGAAGUGGCAGGAUGCUUCCCGGCAGCAGAGGAGGGCAGUGGGCAGCAAGGAGAACUGGGAUAACGACAAGAAGCAGUCACAGGUUUAGUUAGUCGUCCACACACAGCAUGUGGACCACUUUGACAUCAUCGACAGAUGUGUGCGUGCCGGGCGGCCAACAUUGACCCAUGUUCAUCAUGUGUUUGUUAGUGAGAUGCAUGGACCAAUGUCCUAAUUUAUAAGAUUAUUGAUGAGUGGAAGGUCAUUUUUUUGGAUUAAAUCAGUUAGAGCUGCAAUGAUUAUUUGAUUAAUCAAUUAUUAAUCGACUACUAAAUUCAUUGCCAACUAUUUUGAUAAUUGAUUCAUCUGUCCAAAAUAAUUAAAACAAGCUUUCUGAAUUUUCAAAUUCAGUUCCUUUGCCCCAUUCGACAAAGAAAUCUUCAUUAAAAUCUUAAUUUUAGUUUUUGGACAAAACAAGACGUUUGAGAUCACUUCCAGGUUUUGGUAAACACACUUUACGGACCAAACAAGUACUCGAUGAAUCGAGAAAAUAAUCAACAGAUUAAUCGAUGAUGAAAGUAAUAGUUAGUCCAGACUUGGUAUUGUGUUUCUCAAGACUACCAUCACAGCACUUGUUGCAGUAUCUGUACACACUCAUCAGCAAAGUUUACCUCAGUAUAAUCUGACGCCUGUACUGACUUGGAGCUGCAACGCAUAGGAAAAGCAGCAGCUCUAAAUGAAUGUGCAGGUAUGUCGUCGGUCAGCUGUGAAGGGAGCACUUGAUUUGCUUUGCCAGUAUUUUGCCAUAGCACACAAGUGAGAAGUCAAAUGAGCAGUUCUAAAACAAGUAAGUGGACUCUUUUUAUGGGGAUUUGCAUUUAACAUUUAUUUAGGCAGAUGAAAUGUGCUUUGACAACAAAAGAAACCAGUUUCUCUGUUGAAUAUGUAAUAAACUUAAAACUGACGUGUAUUUUGACUUCUCUCAACUUCAAAUGGCACGUUAUAGUUCCACACCAUGAUGCUGUGAGUUCAGACCAGAUUAAAAUUCCCUUAGCCACAAAUCAA